UACACUCUUUGGUACAGGAAGUGCCCACGAACUGUCCACUGGACAAUAAAAGUUCUGGUAAAGAGAACCUUGAACCAGUUCUCUGCUUCCCUCUCGUAAGGAAAAGACCCACCAUGAAACUUUUUGCAGCAGUCAUUCUCGUUAUGGUUUUGCUUCAGAACUUCGAUGUGUUCAUGGUCAGAGGAGCCCUUGGUUCCCGAACGAUGCCAUCCAGCUAUUGUGAAAGCCUACGCACAAAAGAAAUAAAAUGCCAGAGAAUUAAGAGCUAUUCAAUGCUGCAAAAUGAACCUAAAAACAAAGUAUUAUUAAUCCUGAAGAAGAAGAAUACCAAGGUCUGUGUGCCAGCUGAACUUUCAUGGGUGAAGAAAAUCAUCCUCUGCUUAGAUAAAAAAAAUGGUACCUACAAAUCCUAACAGAAUUAUGACUCGUUUGAAGUUUUGACCAGUUAAACUGCAACAUGUCAAACCAUUCUCCACUCAUCCCUGAAAACCAGGCUAAUUGAAGCAGGGCCUUUUAUAUAUUUAACCUUAGUUGCUUUGGAAUUCUAUAUAUAUAUAUUUAUUGAUAAAAGCCAGCUUUUUAAAUAAUUUUAUUUGUAGCUAAUAUUACAUAAUGUGCACAAAAUAUCCAAUGGAAAAACUGAUUUUUUUUUAAAAUAUUUUGACUCUUCUGUCUUUCGCUGUUGUAAAAAUUGUGGUCUGGUUCCUCUGGCACCCUUUUUUGGGUACCUGAGAGGGUACCAUUUCCAGUUCAUCAUUUCUCCCAACCAUUAUCUCUGAUCCUUUAUGUCUUUUCUGUAAUUUAUACUGGAACGAGUUUUGAACUCACAAUAAAUGAUACUGUGGAGAUCCCCUCCAA